AUGCAGGUGUUUAAAGAGACCCCCAGGCUCCGGCCGGACAGCAACCUCCGUCUCUGGCGUGGAGCAGGGGGCCUGGGGUCCGGGGCAGCCCUGGGCCCAGCGGCGUGUGCUCAGAUCCGUCUUGGGAGUAGCUGGGUCAUCAGUGCUCAGCGGAGCCUGGGAUUGGUCACGAAGGGGAAGAUGCGGACUCGUGGCACCGGAGGACCUGCGUGGUCACGGUUUGGGGCAGGGACAGGAGAGACAUUACAGAAGGAGGAAAGAUCACCGCAAACGCAGGUGCAGCAGCCCCUCAUGGAGCUCCCGGGCACACCGCCCCUGCAAGAGGUCCCCAGGGAAGAGCCCCUGCCUGAGGACUCAGGCCUGCAGGUGACGCCCAGCACGCACAUUCUCUACGUGGGCCACCUGAACCCCCAGUUCUCAGUGCCUGUGCUCACCUGCCUGCUGCGAGACGCCCUGGAACGGCUGGGGCUGCCGGUGGCACGGGAGCACAUCGAGGUGGUGAGGCGACCACGGAAGGCCUACGCACUGGUGCAGGUGACCACCCACAGGGAUAGCCUGGCCUCCCUCCCCUGGCGCCUGCAGACGGCCGUGGAGGAGCACCAGAUCCUCAAGGAGCUGGUGGCCCGCGGGAAGGAGCUGGUGUUGGGUGACAGCCGAGGGCCCUCGCGCGGCAGAGAGCGGGAGGACAACAGCAGCCGGAGCCCGAGCCCCAGCCCUGCCAACAGCCCCCCGGCACGGGCCCCGCAGAGGUCCCAGGACCGGCCCAGCGGCGCACGCUCCGACAGCGCCAUCGUGCACCAGGAGGUCCCGGGCCAGGAGCGCCUCUUCCAGGGCGCCUUCCUGGGCAGCGAGACGCGCAGCGUGGAGUUCAAGCGCGGCGGCGGCGAGUACCUGAGCCUGGCCUUCAAGCACCACCUGCGGCGCUACGCGUGCGCCUUCCUCAAAGGCGAGGGCGGCAGCCUGUUCGUGGGCGUCGAGGACAGCGGCCUGGUGCGGGGCGUCCCCUGCAGCCACCGCGACGAGGACCGCGUGCGCCUGCUGGUGGACUCCAUCCUGCAGGGUUUCCAGCCCCAGGUCUUCCCCGACGCCUACACACUCUCUUUCAUCCCCGUGGUCAGCACCAUCGCCUCCCCCACCCCCCUCAAGGUGAUCCGCCUGAGGGUGCGCGCCCCCAGGGCCCAGGCCGAGCCACAGCUCUAUGAGACUGACCAGGGGGAGGUGUUCUUGCGGCGGGACAGGAGCAUCCAGGGCCCGCUGUCUGUCCACGCCAUCCAGGAGUGGUGCAAGCAGAAGUGGGUGGCGGAGUUGCGCACGCUGCAGGAGAGGGUGAAGGUGCUGACGGCGGAGAAGGAGCAGCUCCAGCAGCAGCUGAAGCAGCAAGGACCCGGCUCCCGCACCUGCUGCGUCCUGUGAGGGCCCCGGUCGGCGAACAGGGCCAGGCACCGACAGGCCAGCUCUCCCUGGCAGAUGCAGGAUUUCCGGUCUGAGCCGAAGUCCUCCCUUUAAAACCCGUCUGGGCUGUUCAGAGGUGGACGGGAGCGCGACCAUCCUCGCUCCUUGGACAACCGCACACGCACGGGCUUCAAUCCCGAGCGGACCCCCGUCUGUGUAGCUGGGAAACUGCUCUUAGCACGAUCCCCAAGGAACCUUCCUUCCGGAAAGAACUGGUAAAAACUUGGCCAGGGCGAUCGGAGGGCUGAGCUGUGAGGGAUGGUCCUACUUCCUCAGAAGCUCCCUUUGCCCAGCCCGCGGUCUGCGACUCCAGUGGCGAGACGGGGCCAGAAAGGAAUGCGUCAUACGGGGAAAGCCCUUCUGCAGAUGGCCAGGCACGCUCAGUAACCGUGCCUGUAGGGCAAACAGGCCACCCUGCAGCCACCACCCCGGGCUUGCUGGAACUUGUGACUGUCAAAGCUCUUUAAUAAAUUACAUGCACCCUG